AUGGUGGUUCAGAUGCGUCGCCUGACCGCUUCUUGUUGUGCGAUAGGAUUUAGGGUGCUGAUACCAAGGUAUGAUCUCACGUACAACCCGUCUGCAACAAUAGAUUGGGGCGCUCGCGCUCUCUUGAGCACGUACUUGUAUCGCCGGGUAAGCUCGAAAGGAUUUGCGAAGGGCGCUGUCGAUCGCGUCUUGUUGUCGGUGCGGAAAGUAGACGGGCCGGUCUUCAGAGCAGACGUCCUCGAAAGGAAAUGCACCUUCCUGAUAUGGCAGUUCUGUGUUUGGGAGGAUCACUUGUGGAUUAUUGUGCGUGCGCUCCGCCAGCAGCGCCACCUCACCUUGGCAAUUUUGAUACCAACUACCCUUUCCAUCCAGUUCAUCAUCGUCGGCAGCGGCGUCGGCGCGUAUGCUGCGGCGGUCGCACUCAGGCGCGUCGGCCACCGCGUCCUCGUCCUCGAGCCGGAGGGUGACCCGCUCUUCCUCGCGGGAAGCUCCCGGGUCUCACCCAAUAUGUCCAAGAUUCUCUUCGGCUGGGGCCUAGAAGACGACUGCAGGAGCAUGGCAAUAGUCUCGCGGUAUGUCACCAUGGAUGAGUACCUUACCGGGAACACCUGGGGCAGCCACCAAUGGGACGAGGAGAUAUUGAAAGAGACCCGCGGUGUCUUCCUGCUCAUGCACCAAACAGACGUGCGGAAUAUCCUCAAGAGAACCGCCAUCUCCCUCGGUGCUUCCGUCCGGCGGAAAGUCUCCAUCGUCGACUUUGACCUCGACACGGCCGACGGCGAUCUCCCCGCGGUAAGGCUAGCCACCGGUGAGCUGCUGCGGGCGAAUGUGAUCAUCGGCGCGGACGGUCGGUCAAGCAUGGUGCGGGAGCUCGCGUUCGAGAUCGAAGACCCACGCAAACCGACCGGUUCCGUUAUGUUUGAUGUGACUGUCUCAAUACCGGGGAUGAUGCAAGACCCGGAUCUUCGAACGUUCCUGGGCAAUUACCAAAACGAAUCCGUGAUGCAAUGUUUUUGUGGCGACGGACGCGGCGUCCUAGCAAAUCCGGUUGGUGGGCUCCCGGAAUAUUCCAUGCAUAUUGUUGUGCCCGAUGACGGCGUAUGUAACGGCCCAGAUGGCGAGUGGAUCAAAGAAGUGUCUGCAAGUCGGAUAUUGCGGGCUAUGGGACCUUGUGAUCGGAGGUUGCAAAAACUCGUGAAGAUGAGCCAUUCGCGAUUAUGCACCAGAGUUUUGCACCCGUUUCCCGUGGAGGACUGGGUGCACCCAGACUCGAAUGUGGUGCUUAUCGGCGGGGCCGCUCACCCGUUCCAUGCAGGUGCGGUCUACUCGCGGAGCAUGGCGGUGGAGGACGCGGCGUGUCUCGCUGAGAUCUUCUCCCACCUAGCGCGCACGGACCAGAUCCAGUCGUUCCUGUACGCAUUCCAGGAGAUCCGCCAGCCGCGAUGUGACGAGCUGCGGCAAAUGGAGGACAUCAUCGUGCACACGACGACGAUGCCUGCCGCGGAGGCACGCGACACGCGCGACCGGCAGGUUGAGCGCGCCGUCGCGGACGGCAAGGGCGUCAUGAGCAACCUCGGGUUCGACGAGCUUGUCGCGCUGUUCGCGUACGAGGCCGAGGACGCUGCGAACAACUGGUGGGUCACCUGGGGCCUCCUGCGCGAGCGUCUCAAGGAGCGCGAGCUGCACGCGCACGCGCCGCAGGUCCCUGUCGGAUACAGCGAGUCUUUGGUCGGGUACAACGGAUCGCUGGUUGGAUACAGCGUGGACAGGCAAUAUCGCGCCUCGAUGACGUCGGUCAACCAACAGUAA